UCCCCCCCUCAGGCACUUUGUGAUUGAUUCUAAGGCUUAUUUUACUCUCCUGGUAACCUCCCAUUGCGAUUUGCUACAUCAAUUAGAAUACGUUUUUUCCAAAUAAUGCAUUGGGAAACUUCGUUCAAGUUGCAAAUAUCUUGCGUACGUAAUGUUCAUCAAGAAUGUAAGCGCACUUCGACCCUCGAAAGGAGUGCCACGCAUUCAUGCAAUUGCUACCUAGGUAUAACUGAACGCAAAGAGCCACAACUGCUGAAUCGGUAUGCUUGGUUUUCAAGCUUGUUCCCUUCCGUCUUUAUUUCUCACAUAUAUGGCCUAUUCCGGCGCCGCACAUGCCAGAUCGCCGCAUGCGGCAACAUACGAACAAAGUCAUGCAGUACCGUCCUUAGGCAUACAAGAGUCCACAAUGCAGAGGAAACUCUCACUCAAGAUAAAUCAGCCCCACCCCAACUUUUGACCGAUUGUCCUCUUUCAAACUUCGUCUAUCAAUUACUCAGGCACCCACAGCAGUUUUGAGAAUAAGCAUCCACUCUCUCAGAACCACUUUGUCCAUUCAUCGGAUACAACCCCCAGCAGCUAUGGCGACGCUCAUCCAGCGCCUUUUAGGCUAUUGCGCAGCCAGGACCGAAGCAGACACAUCCUACUCUCCUCUAUCUCGAAAGCGCAAAUCUACGGCCGAACCAGAGGGACGUUCGUGC